AUGCUAGCACCGCCGCCGAAGCCACACUGUGCAUUCGGUACCGCUUGUGGCUCACGUCCAGGAGGACAAGAACAAGGAACAGACAUAUGUUCAUGGUGCAAGAACAUGAGCUUCGACGCACUGUACAAGCAGGCCGAAGCACAUCCAGACAAGCCGUUGCUGAGGUACCGCAUCGAUGUCUACAGGCACCAGCUUGAGCGCGACAGCUCCGAACGCAUCAGAAAAGGCUGGACAAAUCUCUGCGCCUGCAAAGACCCAGAAUUCCGCUUCUCAGCAUGGCGCAACGACUUCAACCCCCAAGAUUCUCGCCUCUGCGGCACAGUUCGGCAUCGCGGACAGCUGUGUGCACGAUGCUACCGCAAAGCACAAGAGCAAGCCUGCCAUUGGCUUUCGGAAUUCGAUGGUGACCGAGUGGGGUUUCCGUGUGUCUUCGAGGACCCACGGCUAAGACGGCCCGUCGACAGCAACUGGAAGAUUGGACCGCGGAAUCAGCAGGGUGAGGCGGACCCAAGCUGGGAAAAGGAUCCAAGGAGAGAUGGACGCUGUGACAGGACGAGGUUUAGGAAUCAGCUUUGCCAGAAGUGCUUCAAUCGUAUGUGCGAGAUUCGAGGGUUUGGUCGGUACUUCGAUACGGAGUGGGGCAUACUGCGCCGAAACUAUGGGGUGUGA